UUGCGGCUGUAAAAAUCACACUCGCCUUGCGUCAUGAGAGAGUGACAGAGAGAAAGAGAGGGAGAGACGCACACACAUACACACCGCUCCGAUCUGCGAGCUUCACCGCACUGACAGUCCACAUCUUACACUGCUGACUCUAACGGCGGAGCCCUUCAGAUAUGGCGGGGCUUCGUUGAGAGGGAUAGAAAAUCUCCGAGCACUACCGUUCACACAGAACAGUUUGUUUUUGGACACGCGUCUCCCCCAGCCCUCCUUAUGCACCGCUGCGACGCGGAGAAACGGCAGCAGCGCUGAAAGAGUCGAAGAAAGAGGACGAGAGUGAUUUUUACCCCCUUGAACGGACAAUGGCGGACCGCGAUGCGCUGCCCCUUCCAUUGGAAGUGCGGGCCAGAUUGGCUGAGCUGGAGCUGGAGUUAUCCGAAGGCGACAUCACUCAGAAAGGAUAUGAAAAGAAGAGGUCAAAACUGCUCGGAGCAUAUCUGCCACAGCCUCCAGGGCUAGAGGCAUCCAUGGCACACGAGCGCCGGCCGCCCAUGGCGCCCUCCUCCGCUUCACGAUACCACCGUAGACGCUCCUCUGGCACCCGUGAUGAACGUUACCGGUCAGAUGUCCACACAGAAGCAGUACAGGCAGCACUAGCCAAACACAAGGAGAGGAAGAUGGCCGUUCCCAUGCCUUCCAAACGCAGAUCUCUAGUGGUACAGACGUCUAUGGAUGCCUACACCCCCCCAGGUGAGCCUCUCCCCCCCUCUCCUCUCUGCCCCCCCCUGACAGACACCUCGUCCGGCUCGGAGGAGGAGGGCGGCCAGGGUGAGGGUACCCCCACCUCCAGCCAGGGCAGCGUCAGCAUGGAGCACUGGAUCAGCCGGGCCAUCCACCAGGGUUCCACCACCUCCUCCUCCUCGUCAUCAACGCAGAGUGGGGGCAGCGGAGCGGCAGGGCGCCUGGCUGACGUCCUGGCUCAAGCACAUGUCGGCAAAUCAGGGCCGAUCGCUCACCUCUCGUUGAAAAGGAAAACUAUGCUUGGCGUAGCAGAGAACGGAAACUCGCUGCGGCGCUCCUGUGAGUUCGGAUCAGAUCUUCUCUGGCCGCCACCCUUGGAGUCGGAGGAGAAUCACUCAGCCCCUCCGGACGUCACCACCUACACCUCCGAACAUCCUGUUCAGGUGGAGAGGCCACAGGUGUCCACCGUACCCCGGACCACACCCAAAUAUGGCAACGCCGAACUCAUGGAGACCGGAGACGGAGUCCCUGUUAGCAGUCGUGUUUCGGCUAAAAUCCAGCAACUUGUGAACACACUAAAGCAGCCCAGACGACCUCCACUUCGAGAGUUUUUUGUUGAUGAUUUUGAAGAGCUCCUAGAAGUCCAGCAGCCUGACCCCAACCAGCCACGGCCAGAGGGCGCUCAGAUGGUCGCUAUUCGAGGGGAACCCCUGGGAGUGGUCACUAAUUGGCCACCAUCUUUGGAAGCUGCACUGCAACGUUGGGGGACCAUCUCACCCAAAGCGCCCUGCCUGACCACCAUGGACACCAACGGCAAACCCCUCUACGUCCUUACUUACGGUAAACUUUGGUCUCGGAGCAUCAAAGUAGCAUACAACAUCCUCCACAAACUAGGCACAAAACAGGAACCAAUGGUCCGACCAGGAGACCGGGUGGCUCUUGUGUUCCCCAACAACGAUCCCGCUGCCUUUAUGGUCGCCUUUUACGGCUGCCUUCUGGCAGAGGUGGUGCCCGUACCUAUCGAAGUGCCACUUACCCGAAAGGAUGCAGGAAGUCAACAGAUCGGCUUUCUCCUGGGCAGUUGUGGGGUUACUGUGGCUCUGACCAGUGACGCUUGCCACAAAGGCCUUCCAAAAGGGCCCACUGGGGAAAUACCACAGUUCAAAGGAUGGCCAAAGCUGCUAUGGUUCGUCACAGAAUCCAAACACCUGUCCAAGCCACCACGUGAUUGGUUCCCUCACAUCAAAGAUGCAAAUAACGACACCGCCUACAUAGAGUAUAAGACCUGUAAAGAUGGGAGUGUUUUGGGUGUGACAGUGACACGGAUUGCACUUCUUACACACUGCCAGGCCCUAACGCAGUCUUGUGGAUACACAGAGGCUGAAAUCAUAGUGAAUGUAUUGGAUUUUAAAAAGGAUGUGGGUUUGUGGCAUGGAAUCCUAACUAGUGUCAUGAACAUGAUGCAUGUAAUUAGCAUCCCAUACUCCCUGAUGAAAGUCAACCCUCUGUCCUGGAUCCAGAAAGUGUGUCAAUAUAAAGGUAAAGUGGCUUGUGUCAAGUCCAGGGAUAUGCACUGGGCUCUAGUCGCUCACCGAGAUCAGAGAGACAUCAACCUGAGCUCCCUGCGCAUGCUGGUGGUGGCCGACGGAUCCAACCCAUGGUCCAUCUCAUCAUGUGACGCGUUCCUCAAUGUCUUCCAGAGUAAAGGUCUACGGCCAGAGGUCAUCUGUCCAUGUGCCAGCUCAGCUGAAGCCCUCACCGUGGCCAUCAGGAGGCCCACGGAUGACAGCAACCAGCCGCCAGGUCGAGGAGUGCUGUCUAUGCAGGGUCUGAGUUAUGGUGUCAUCAGAGUAGACUCAGAGGAGCGUCUGUCUGUACUCACCGUACAGGAUGUGGGCACUGUGAUGCCAGGAGCUCUGAUGUGUGUGGUCAAACCAGAGGGAGUUCCUCAGCUGUGCCGAACAGAUGAGAUCGGAGAGCUGUGUGUGUGUUCCAUCGCCACGGGAAUGUCAUAUUAUGGGCUCUCGGGCAUGACAAAAAACACCUUUGAGGUUUUUCCCAUGAGCAGCUCUGGGGCUCCUAUCAGCGAGUACCCCUUCACACGUACAGGGCUGCUGGGCUUCAUAGGCCCGGGUGGGUUGGUGUUCGUCUCUGGAAAGAUGGACGGUCUGAUGGUGGUGAGUGGACGGAGACACAACGCUGACGAUAUUGUCGCCACAGCGCUAGCAGUGGAGCCCAUGAAGUUUGUGUACAGGGGCAGGAUAGCGGUAUUUUCUGUGACGGUCCUGCACGAUGAGAGAAUUGUGGUCGUUGCCGAGCAGCGGCCAGACUCCACAGAAGAGGACAGCUUCCAGUGGAUGAGCCGUGUACUGCAGGCGAUAGACAGCAUCCACAACGUGGGGGUGUUUUGUUUGGCUUUGGUGCCUGCUAACACUCUUCCCAAGACUCCGCUGGGAGGGAUCCACCUGUCGGAGACCAAGCAGCUGUUUUUGGAAGGCUCCCUGCAUCCCUGUAACGUCCUAAUGUGCCCUCACACCUGCGUCACUAACCUGCCCAAACCCAGACAGAAACAGCCAGAGAUUGGACCCGCCUCUGUGAUGGUGGGAAACCUGGUCUCAGGGAAGAGGAUCGCUCAGGCCAGCGGCAGAGAUCUGGGCCAGAUUGAAGACAAUGAUCAGGCAAGAAAGUUCCUCUUCCUGUCUGAGGUGUUGCAGUGGAGAGCUCAGACCACCCCGGAUCACGUGCUCUUCACCCUCCUCAGUUCAAGGGGCGCAGUCCUGAGCUCAUUGACGUGUCUUCAGUUGCAUAAGCGGGCGGAGAAGAUAGCAACCAUGUUGAUGGAGCGAGGCCACCUGCAGGACGGUGAUCACGUUGCGCUGGUGUACCCGCCUGGUAUAGAUCUGAUUGCUGCCUUUUACGGAUGCCUGUAUGCCGGCUGUGUACCAAUUACAGUUCGACCACCACACCCCCAGAACAUCGCCACCACCCUGCCCACUGUGAAAAUGAUUGUGGAAGUGAGCCGAUCAGCAUGUGUGAUGACCUCACAGAUCAUAUCCAAGCUCCUGAAGUCGAAGGAGGCGUCUGCCGCAGUGGACGUCAGGACGUGGCCUCCUGUUCUGGACACAGACGAUCUGCCAAAGAAGAAGCCCCCUCAGCUCUACAAACCCUCCAAUCCAGACACGCUGGCUUACUUGGACUUCAGCGUCUCCACUACUGGGAUGCUUGCAGGAGUAAAGAUGUCCCACACAGCCACCAGUGCCUUUUGCCGCUCUAUAAAGCUCCAGUGUGAGUUGUAUCCCUCUCGUGAGGUGGCCAUCUGCCUGGAUCCAUACUGUGGCCUCGGCUUUGUCCUCUGGUGCCUCUGCAGUGUGUAUUCAGGGCAUCAGUCCAUCUUGAUUCCCCCGUCCGAGCUGGAGGUGAACCCCGCUCUGUGGCUGCUGGCUGUCAGUCAGUUCCGGGUCAGAGACACAUUCUGUUCAUACUCCGUCAUGGAGCUUUGCACCAAGGGGUUGGGCCUACAGACAGAAUCCCUCAAGUCCCGUGGACUUGACCUGUCUCGCGUGAGGACGUGUGUGGUGGUCGCUGAGGAGAGGCCCAGGAUAGCCCUCACCCAGUCCUUCUCCAAACUCUUCAAAGACUUGGGCCUGCACCCGCGAGCUGUCAGCACUUCCUUUGGAUGUAGAGUGAACCUGGCCAUCUGCCUGCAGCCCCACAGGCUCGGGAAGCUUGCAGAUCAGGGGACAUCGGGACCAGACCCGACUACUGUGUAUGUGGACAUGAGAGCUCUACGACAUGACAGAGUGCGGCUGGUCGAGCGAGGCUCCCCACACAGUCUCCCCCUCAUGGAGUCUGGAAAGAUUUUACCUGGAGUUCGAAUCAUCAUCGCCAAUCCCGAAACCAAGGGCCCGCUGGGAGACUCCCAUCUAGGGGAGAUCUGGGUUCACUGUGCCCAUAACGGCAGCGGUUACUUCACGGUGUAUGGAGACGAGGCCCUGCAGUCCGAUCACUUCAACUCGCGCUUGAGCUUCGGAGAUACGCAGACGGUGUGGGCACGUACCGGCUAUCUGGGCUUCCUCCGCAGGACCGAACUUACAGAUGCAAGUGGAGAGCGGCAUGACGCUCUGUAUGUAGUGGGCGCUCUGGAUGAAGCCAUGGAGCUGAGAGGAAUGAGGUAUCACCCCAUCGACAUAGAGACCUCGGUGAUACGCACCCACAAGAGCAUCAUGGAAUGUGCGGUGUUUCCCUGGACCAACCUGUUGGUUGUGGUCGUGGAGCUGGAAGGUUCGGAACAGGAAGCUUUGGACCUGGUUCCUUUAGUGACCAACGCGGUCCUGGAGGAGCACUACCUGAUCGUGGGCGUGGUGGUCGUGGUGGACAUCGGCGUCAUUCCCAUCAACUCUCGCGGAGAGAAACAGAGGAUGCACCUGCGAGACGGCUUUCUGGCCGACCAGCUGGACCCCAUCUAUGUGGCGUAUAACAUGUAGCAUGAGUGUAUGUUUGCGUGCGUGUGUUUUGCCGACUGCACAUGACCGGUCGGGCGAUCUUCAGCGAAUGAACACUUACUGGGAGAAACUUUAAGAAGUGUUGACAAAGCCAAACAAGAAACUCCGAUUGGCGGAAGAAGAAUCGCCUCUGCUUCUGCUUGUGUGCGUGUCGCUUUUUCACGUGAGGUGUCGCGACAUCAUUCAUUUUUAUUCCGCCCUACACGAGCGAAGGGUAUUUUAAAAUAUCUGCAUACUGUGGCGAAAUGUGCAUUUUAAGUUUCCCGAUGAUUUGGAGUAACUUGUUGAAAGUACACGUGAUAUCAGACACUUUGGACACCAUUUCUGUUUGUUCAUUUAAAAAAAAAAAAAAAAAAAAAAAAAAAAGGUACAACAACAACUUAGUUGCAUUUGUACGUACGUUGCAGCCGUCCUUCAGCAAUUUGCCGGUUUAGUUUUUCAACCUUUGUAAAUGUUCUCGAGCAGCAGGAAGCAAAAAAGAAGAAAAAACAUCCCCUGCUUUUUCGAUUCCUCCAUGUUUAAUAUCAUUGUACAAAACUGAAGGUGAACACAAAGUCGGUUGAUAUUGUGUAAUUAUGUACAGAUAAUAGUUCUUAUUUAUUUUGCUCUUUUUAGAAUUGGUGAGCGAAGACAUUUGGAAAUGUUUUCCUCAUUAAAUAAUAUUGCUGAUAUAAAACAUUGUAUCAUCUUGAGUGAGUAGCAUCACAUCAAGUCUAUGUAAAAAUAUAAAUAUACAUACAAAUAUAUAUAAAAAAAGAAAUAUAUAUAUAAAAUAAGAUCUACGAAUCACCAAUGAAACAUUUCUAAUGCAGUACUUCCCACUUGCAUGGUGUCUGUUGUAGAGAGAAUCAACUGACCGAUCGAACGUUACCCACACGUUUAUUAAUAAUAAUACUAAUAAUACCAACUCGUAGGAAUUUCAAGACGAUGUCAAAUGUGCGGAACAAACGCUUCGUUUUUUCUAAUUGAAACUAAAUCGCUACGCCCUUACUGAGAGAAAAGGAACCCUAAAAAUGUGCCUGGAAGUUUGUUUACAUUUGCUUUAAGACUCAAAUCUGCACCGCAAUUUGUUACGUUGCGUUUUUAUUUGCUUGGAUUGACUUUUUAACUUGUUUUGUAUCAUUUUCUGUGGGAUUUCAUCAUUAUUUAUUGACACAGGCUUUUUACACAAGUGCGUUUUUGUUGUUUACCGCUCAAACAUCACAGUGUUUUCAUUUAUAAUGCAUCCGACUGUAACAGAUUUUGGUAUUUCCAUGAAACAUUUACGUUAAUGACACGCACACACACAGUUUACUUUCAACCCCGAUCGGCUCACGUGAAAUGGAUUAAGCUCUUGUUUUUAAUCGGCUUAUGUGGGAAAUACAUGCUAAAUAAAUGCCGGCAUAUUGUUGGCGCUUGCAAUAUGGGCAAAGCAUGAAACAUGACCGACUGGCUAUAAUAAUGCAAACAAAAAGUGAAGAGACAAAGAGAACCGUGCCAUUAUUCUCCAUUGUACCAGCUGCAUUAGAAGAGACGUGUUUUCUGAACUGCUUUUCAUAGCGCUGGGAAUCCGUUAAAUCGUCAUGACAAAACUGAGUAUUCAGGAUUUUAUUCUUUUCUUUGCCACAUCCUGCCUCACCGAUUGAUAACACAGCAGGCGUCAGGCGAUAAUCGUGGAGAUCUACUGCAAUCAGAUAUCAGCACCCUCUGGCCUCAUUGAGGUCGUAGUUUUAAGGCGACGUUUUAUUUUAUUUUUUUUGGAAUCGGUGUCAUAGACGUCAAUACUGUGUAUGGGAACUGAGUUUACACUUAUUCAGAGAGUGAUGAUGCAAUGUUCACUUUUUUUUUUUUUUUUUUUUGUCUGUUUGUUUGUUUUUAAAAAUGAAGGAAAGAAGUCUUAACCUGUUCGGAUGCUUUAGUGUUGCCAUUCCCAUACAAGCAGAAAUGUUUCCCCAUUUUAAAAAGAAAGAAAUGUGCACAUAACUUUCAACCUGUGAAGUUAUUUCCCUUUUUUGUUGGAAAUCUGGACUUAUGUGAGAGAGUCUGCAUGGUGUAUGUAAAUAUUGUUGGUUAGAGAGAAAAAAAGACAAAAAACAAUUUAUUUUGUAUGGUGCAGGUGUGUUUGAAAUUCUGUUUUGUACACAUAAUUAAAAGUAUUAAAUUACACUUUUAUAGAAGCCUGCUUUGGCCUACGUUCACAAAAUAUGGUGCAAUAAAGUGCUUUGAUUGGUAAA